ACUUUAUGAGCAAUUUAGCGUUACGUUGCUUCUCCGACGAAUAUUUUUGCAUGAUUUUGUUAUUACUAACAUUUAAUGACGCCCGGGAAAUUCCUAUGCGAAAUGGCACCGUCGAGGACGAAGGGACUAGUUGUUAGGUGAGGGCGGGGUGAGGAUCGAUCGAGGGAGUGGCGCGGCUCGAUCAGCUGGUCACGAGCAGCUCGGAGGCGGGGGUUCUCAUUUCCCUCCUCAUUUUAAAAGCUCCCUCGGCUCAAUUAACCCCCUGGAGCAGUGAGACAAUUACAAUAUAGAACGUGUAGUUCGGUGUGUGUGUAUUUUCAGUUCAAGAUGCUCCAUUAAGACUUGUUUGACUUUUUUUCCCGGGGGGUUCGAUUUUGUCAUAUCGGUUUUCCUUCUCUCAAAUGUGCCAAAGAUUCUUCUCAGUGAGGCCGACGACGAUCAAUUGCAAGAUAUGAGCAACGUCUAAUUGGGGAACUGGGUCAUAGAGAGCAACCAGAUUCACAGAACAGCAACACCAAUAUGCAAUAAAUGUGCCUUGCUGUCAAACUUCAGUUCCAGAAGUCUUUUAUUCCUCACACCGGAGGACUGUGGAACAGCCUCCCAGAGGAAGUCCCGCAAUUGGAACUUCAGAAGUUCAAGUGAAGGUUCAAAUGGUGAUAUCAGCCUGGCAAGAUGUGUGGAGGCGGUGUGGUGAGCGCUCGAGGUCCCCGCCCCCCUCAGCAGCUGCCGCCACACCCUUUGUGCCACCGUCGUCGUCGCCGUCGCCCCCAGUAACACUCCUUACCGCCAUGACCAUUGCCUGAUUCCCUUUUCUCCCACACACACCCCACAGUCACUUAUUCCUUAGCUGGCUUUCCUCUCCCUCCACUAGCUUGUAUAACUUGGCAGCCUUAUUUAUCUUCGAAAGGAUAUUUGGUUAAAAAAAAGUAGUUUGUAAUUGGUUUCAGCAUUGCAGUAGUAUACACUUUUUGUUCAUGCUGAUAAUCAGCUACAACAUUCAAAUAAAGUUUGAGUGCUAUAUCCAUAUAUUUGACCACUUAAUCUCUUGGUUGGAUUUCACUGAGAGUUGUGCUACUUCACAUAUUGUACAACUUCCUUGUGUCAUUCACUCCUGAGAUAAUCAUCAUAGAACCUUUUUUUUUUUUCGUAGUUACCGAACGACCGCUUCUCGUCUAGAGCCUGCGUAAAAGGGCUCUAGAUUGAGAACUUCUCACAGUAAUUCAUAAUGCCUCAGCUCUAAGAAAUCAAGGGGUAAUUUUUCUUUUUUCUUUUUAUUUUUUUGUAAUAGGUUACAGUGUUACUUAACAUUUUCAGUGUAUCAGUAACAUUUUGAUUCUUUGCCAGCUAUAGUUGAGUUCCCUUUCCUUCAUAUCCUAUAAUUAUUACCAUACUUUAAUAUAUUUCUCGAUAACGACAUGAAAACGACUGAAAUUCUUCAAGCAACUGAAGUGGCCAAGAUCGCAUCAAAUAUAAAGUACUACAGGCGGCCCUCGGUUAGCAGCAGGGGUCUGUUACUGGCCGCCGACGCUAAGCUAUUUUAAAGCCUACAGCCGCAGCACACCUUCUUUCAAAAUUCUAGACCAGUUAACAGCGCCCUAGACCAGUCAGACGACGCCUUAAUCCCGCAAUGGCGCAACAAUGGCGGACAAGAACAAACAUGGAAAAAACAUCCUCUAACAACGUGGAGGUUGUUAUGAAGCUUGUGCGCUGUGAGUGGGCACCAUCAUUGGUGGUGGAGUGGUUGUGUGGGGAACUGGAGGAGCGAGGAAUCCCUGGCCCUACAUAUGCACACACGCUACUCUCCCUUCUCCACCACCACUAUUGUCCCCAUCCUGCUCCUCCAACACCCAUUUCUACCACCUGCUCUUCCAAUACUUCUGGUCGCUACCAUCAUCCGCUCUCUCGCCGACACCUUGAUGACUUCGACUUACGCGACCUGGACCUGGAUGACCUGCUAGGUCACACUCCACACCCAGACGCCGAUCUUCCAGAAAUUACCUCCUUUACUGCACAGCAGCGUGGUGGAAGUCGCCGUGCUCGUAAACGUUAUAAGGUUCGCCAAAAACAGCGUGUGCUAACCUCGGAGCAACUGCAGAAGGUGGCAGCCAUCCAGUGCCUCAUGUCUGCUUCUGAUGAGCGUUAUGACUUAGAGAGGCUGGUGGAAGAACUUUGUACACGUCUGAAAACAGCUGCCGAGAACAAGCACCAUAAUGUGGCUAAUAGUAAUGCUGCAUGUGGCAAUAAAGAAAAAGUUAACGACCUUGUAGACUCGCAAGAAAGCUGCAACGAAUCAGAGGAGUAUGCAUCUUCAUCUACACCAGAGGAACAGGCUGAAAAGUAUUAUGCAGCCUUUCCACCUCUAAGUGGGUCGUGCAAGGAGAAUUGCACCCAUGAGGAGGUCUGGAGGUCUGGGGAUGCUCUGUGUUCUUGUGUCUGGGAAGUUCGUAAGUCAGCAUCUGUUGCAGCCAUUGCUUCAAAGAUGCCAAGGGCUUUUCGAAAGAAGUGUCGUGAGAAGGAGAAGAGAAAAGAUGUGGAAGCUAAACCAGAGGGGAAUGAGAGUUCAGAAGGCAGCCGAAGGCAUCAUGUUCCUUUUACUUGGCAUGCAGCGUCAAAACAUAAAGAAGCUUUGCUGAGUGAAAGUUAUGAUACUGAUAGUGCCUCAGAUGCUGAGAGAGUUGUUGAAAGACGACGUAAGAGAUUUACAGGGCCACUGUUAGAUGAAGAUAUAGGCGAAGGUUACAUUGGUGAUACUAGCUCACGCGAGAGUUCAGAGGAUCGUGACAAGGGUGACCAAGAGUUUGACAAGGUAAAAGAUGACCGACAUGAUAAAGGUUCAGGGGUACCUUCGUCUGGGAAAGUCAAGAAUAACCAAGAGGAAUGGGAAUGUAUGGGAGAUUUUCUUGUGAAGGCCAGUGAUACAGAGGGAAAUAAAUUGCAAGGAAGUAGUGGCAAUAGAUUGUUUGAAAGGGGCAGUACCUCUGGUGGGACAAGCGGCUCUAGUAGUGAUGUGGAGACAUUUGCUAUUUCUGGUCCUGACCAGGACCUUGAAAGUCUGCGGCAAUUAGAGAGAAAGAUUUCAGACUCUGUAGCUCAAGUUUGGGGGCAAGCUGGUGAAUCUCUUGGUCAUGGUCGAGGAGAACAUGUUUGGGAUCCUCCUGCUAUGCAAGAACUUGCAUUUUACACAACAAUAUGGGGAUAUGAAGUUCCUGACCAGUAUGUUGCCAAGGAGUCUGUGCCCAACGAUCAUAACAUUACUGAAGUUAUUCAAGAUGAAAUGUCUUCCACUAGCAAUAAGUGGCAGCAGAAACAGAUAUGGGAACCUUCCAGCAGUGUUAUUCAGGAUGAUUCCCUUUUAUGUGGCAUUACAAAUCAAAAAUCCCCAAGUAAUUUAAGGGAAGAGAGUGAUUCUAAUGCCCUCUUUGAUCUAAACAGCUGCUUAGAAAAAUCAGUUUGGUCAGAUUGUAAUGCUAAUGAUAUUUCAAGAGGUGAGGGCUCAUUUAUAUCAUGCAGGGGAGAUAAUAUCAAUCCGGUUAUUUCACACAAAAAUGAUGAUUAUUGCACAUCAACAGGUGAAAUUGAGGGAACUUUAUGUAAUUCUUACAUGAAAUUAGGUUUAGAAAAUCUGUGGGAAAAUACAUUAGGCUUGGAAAGUAUUUUUGCUGAUUUAAGUUUAAGUAAUGGCAAUUUAGAGUUUAUGCCAGAAGAUCAGAGUUGUGAAGAAGUUCAAAACAAUAAUAAUAUCACUAAUAACAACAGUAAUCAGACAGAUUCAGAGCAUGAGAAGAUGGUGGCUAUAGUUGAAGAUGUAUGUAAGAGCUAUGAAUCCCAAGAGGAGGAGCAUGCUCCAAACACAUCCCUCCUCAAGCAGUUACCAUCAGGACCUAGUGGGCCACAGGCUGAUCUCAGGCACACAGAAAAUAGUGGGUUUUCAAUGGUCAUUCCAAGGGGUAAAAGUGCUGAGCUACGUAAUUCCGUGGAACAUCUGUCUGAAAAAUUACACUUAAAUCUAGAAGGUGGUACUAAUCAUGGAGCAGUAGCUGGGAAUGUGGAUGAACUGCCCCCAGGCCAAGAGGAGGAAAAUUUAUUGACGUCACCACGCACACACUUCCGACCCAUUCGACAAGAAAGCCUUGGUAGUACUGCUGAUGAUCAUUAUGAAGACGGUACCAUGUUUGUUAUUAAUUCUGAACGUCCAGACUUGCCGUUUCAGCGAACAAGUAGUGGGGCUUUGUUUUUGGAAAGUGAUCUUCUUGAAGGUUCACCAAAGAAAUAUAUGGUUUAUAAAGAACCACCUCCAAAAAUUGUUCAAACUGAAGAUGACCAAGAAGUGAAUCCCAAUGAAAGUAUUCCUGCUAUUGCUCUAGUUCCAAAGUUUAAAGUUGUUAACAACGAAAAGUUUUGUCAGACUGAAGAGGAAAGUGUGACAAAUAUACAAUCAUUUUGUAAACCUAAGGAGGAUUUAGCUCAUGAGAAUUUGUGUUUCACUGAUCAUUUUACUUGUGAUGAUGAUCAGGAUCCUGAUGUUUUUGAAUUCCAGCACCAAGAUUUCCCUGAUGCAGGAGGCAACUUGGCAAACAUAUGGAAGAAUAAUCCUAGGGUGUCAGAGGCUCCUCAUCCUCGUAAUAUAUGGCAAGUACAAGUUGAUAGUGAACCAGAUGCUUGGUCACAAAUUAAUGAUGUUGAGCACAGUUGUGUUGCUGCGUCAGAUGGAGCCUGGAUAGAAAGAGAGAAUGAAGGAGCCACUGGAUGGAUUAAUGAUAAUUUUCCUGUACCUGUAGAAAUAGAUUGUCAUAAAAAGUCAGGAGCUGUUGUAAUACCAACAUCAUUAGCAUCAUUAUGGCAUCAUCAUAGUCCCCCAUCAUCCCCAUCAAAUCCAGCAUCUAUUAACAAUCUUGAAGCUCUUUGGGCUGGCUUUAAACCCCCGUACAAUGAGGAUACUGGACCUGACAAUGGUCGUAGCAAAAUGUAUGUUAUCACAAAUCCAACUACAUACAUCCCAGGUAAACUUCAAGAAAGUUGUCAAUUGAUAUCCUCUUUAUCUGAAAUAGGCCCUUGGAAGCAGCUUUCGUCUGUAAAUGAUGUUGGCAGAAGUGACAAGCUAUGUAGAGAAAAGUCCAUUUUUAAUAGCCAACAUAUCCAACUGAGAGAGACUCAAGAGGACAGUAGAAAUGCGUGCAUAGGCCCAGUCAGUGAAAAUCCAGCUGUUUGUAAUAAAUUACGACUUGAAGUUGAUCGCGAAGCAGAUGAAUUACUAGGAGCAGUUCAUGCUCAGACUGUCAGUGAUGCAACACAGCUCUUUAUUAAUCCAGCUGUUUUUGGAAGUUCAUGUGAGGGUCUUCAAGAAAACCCUUCACCUAGGCCUCUGCAUGAGCGAAUGAAAAAGAGUGCUCAGUUUAAUAAUUGUACAAGGAGAGAGAUGGUCUUCAGUAGUAACUUUGUCAAUGUUAAGGAAAGGGAAGGUGAACGUGAAGAUUUAGAUGAUCUAGCACCUGGGUGGGAAUUUAAUGAUGGAUUUGAAUGGGAGCACCAACCACAUGCUGCAGAUGAAGAUGAGGAACUUGGAGAUGUUGGUGAUGAUGAUGAUGGAGAGGGUGGAGAAAUCCUCGUUUAUGAAUCUGCUGAUGGUACAACAUACACUAUCCCUGUGGAAUACCUAGAUGAUUCCUUGUAUGAUCAGAUCUUUGGAACAAAUCCUUCUGAUAAUCAAGUUUUGGGUGGCUCACUUCCUGAUCUUCCAUCUGGACACCCUUCUAAAAUACAUUUUUCAUGUGAAUUAGAAGAAGAAUGGAAGAAGAGUGGCAUUCCCUACAAGGUUCAGUUGCCACGAAAACCAAGACCAGGAAGAUGGUUACCUCCUUCACGCCGCCCUUGCACAUUCUUCAUGGAGGGAAGCUGCCGUCGAAGUGACUGCAAAUUCUCCCACGACUUGGCAUCCAUCACCUGCAGGUUCUGGGAAGAGGGCUCUUGCCUGAAGGGCAUCACCUGCCCCUUCCUGCACGGUUACCCCCUGCGACGCCGUCGUAAUAAGAGUGAAGGUGCAGCCGUGCACAAUGUUGGAGAAAAGUUAGACCAUCAUGGCUCAUCCUUUGAAAUUGAUUCUGAAAUGGAUUUUCCUACGCUAGGGUCAUCAUGUGAAAGCAAAGCAGGGUUCGCUGAAGAACGCAGCUGUGGAUCUAGUGGAAGUGUAAAUACCAGCCAUUAUACAACCACAAAGAAGAAGAAACGAAAAUUUAUCACCAUUACAAAGAAUGUAUUAGGCCAGGUUAGAAGUGUUGAAGCUGAAAGAGCUCUCCGCCGCAGGUUACCAACAAGAAGAGAACGACGUAGACGUCACACUGAAGCAGUUUCUUCUACAGCUGAUGCCUCAUCAACCACUACAACAGAAGCACCAUCAACAAAGCAACGUAAUCCCAACUCGCGUAGAAAAGCUGAACGGCACCGUGCCUCAGCCUCUGGACAUGAUGAUGGCACAGUAUCAGAUUAUUAACGGUGAAAUGGCAAUGAAAAUAUGCUAUUGAUGGAAGUCUCAGAAGUAGAAUUAAUUGUUCUUGGUGUAAGGCUGCAGCUGUACAAAGUAACCUUGGGCUGAGGUGCUCAUAUUUUGUAAAGCAUUAAUAGUACAGAAUCUUAACAACUACAUUUAAUAUAUGGAAUUUCUGCAACCUUUCAAGGUAUGUCUUGAAUGUUGUAUAAGCAAAGUUUGAAGAAGCAUGGCAUGGAGUUCCUAAUUUACAUGAUAAAAAGCUUUUUUGAUAAAUUUAUACUUAUUCAAGCCAAAUUUUUUUUAACAAAAAUUGAUGCAAAAUUGGAUAACCCAGUAUGCUUACAUUUCAUGUGCAAGCUCCUUGCCUCAAGUUAUGGACAUGCUGUUUUGCUGCAAUGAUCUUUGUAAUAAUUCAACUAAAUAAUCACAGUACUCUUCAUUAGUUGCUAAUCUGUAUUUGAAAUUUAUUCUCAAAUUUAUAGUACUGUAAAUCUGAUUUUUAUUUUUUAUAUAUAUUUUACAGUACUGUAUCGUUUUACCCAGUGGUGCCAACCUGAACUCCAGUGAGGACACCACACUUUUAUUAUCAUUACAAUCGUGGUUUGUUAUAACAGCAGUAGCUGAAUUUUUUUCUAUGACUUCACUAGGAUUAAAUAUUUUAUUUAUUUCUCUUUUUAAAGAAGUGGAUGUAUAGUGUAAGAUUAAUUACAUGAGUAGUAAGCAAUGUGUUUGGCUGUGUACACAGUGUUUUCAGUAAAAUUCAUUUUGUAUUUAUAAAGUUGUGACCCUAUUUUACAGCAUGUAAUAUUGCAGGUAUGAUAUCUGAGAGAAAAUGUUUUUCAGGACUGUAAUUUCUGUACUUUGAUCAUUUUCUUUUUAUACAAUAUUUCAGUGUACCAUAGGUUUUGUUUAUUUAUAUAUAAAGCUGUAGGGACACUCCAAUUUUGGUUCACAUAAGUUUUGCAAAUUGCUGUAAUUUUUUUUAUGCUUUAUUUUCUUUUCAUAUAAUUUAUUUUUCUUUGCCAAACUUUUUACGCCUGUAAUGGCCAUUCUCUUUGAUUGAUCGGCUAUUCAGAACCUGGCAGAUGACGAUUGAAAAUUUUCACUUUCAAAGUGUUUAUCCAGUACUUAUUUGUUGUGAACAGUAGCUAGUAAUCCUUAUUAAUUUUCAUUGGCCCAGUCUAGUACAGAGUUUGUACAUAUCUCCCCUAAUCAUGUGGCCAGUACAACCUGUUACAGUCUGUUACCUUCCUCUGUUUAUGCAAUGAUAAGUUCAUUGUUUGCUCCUAUCUUGGUAAGUUACACUAAUAAUUAUAUUCAGCAGUAGCUGUAUUGAAAAUGAGCAAACAUUUUUGAGGCAGAAUAAUUUAUUUUUGAAGGUACAGUAAGUUCCAUUUUUUUAAAGGUACAGCAUAAAAUUAUAAAAAAAAGAGAACAAAACGUACCUUUUAACUUUUCUUUGGCCUCUCGUGUUGUAGGGCGAGCUACAGCAAUAGGGGAUGGGUCUCAGUGACCCCUAAACAGUAGACAGCUUGCAACCAUAUUGUUUAACUGCUGUCCAUUAGGGUAGUCAUGCACUAUAUCCCCUGCUGCCUUUCAUGAAAUAACCACAUGGCUAGCCUAGCCUCAUGCUUUUUAUGCUGUGGUUAGGUUAAAAAAAUUUAAUUAGUUUAAAAAUUAAAUUUAAAAGGCGUAAGGGAAUGUGUAUGACAUCCUGUUUGUCAAUAGGAAUGGGAUAUUUGCUCUAACCCAGGGACAGUUUUCCAGCUCUUCAUGUAACCAUGAAGGUUGAUGAUGCAGAAGCUAGGGCUCAGGUGAUCAUGUCCCUUGCUUAUGUUUAGAACGGGCUCAGUGAGUUUGGAUUAGUAUGUGAAAUAUGUUGUGUGGUAUUUGAUUGUAUAGGAUUUGAUGUACUGAAAAGAAAAUGUUAUAACUGAAAAAUAAGACUGUAAUUCGUUCUCAAAGAACGAGUGAAUGUGACUUGAGCUGGAUUGGUGUACGAGGUAAGCCACACAAGGACAAUAGUGCUGUGUUUAUCCCAGUUUGUGGUGCUGGCACAUAAUGAAGCUGCCUGACUUUUGACCUUACUGACAUGAGCCCCAAAACAUGAUCCCUGUUCUCUCUUAUUUCAAUGCUACAUUUUUUUUUUUUUUUUUUUUUUUUUUUUUUUUUCAUACCAUUUUCUUUUACUAUGCGAGAGGUAGGAGUUGACUCGCUGAAGUCUUAGUUUUAUGAACGUUAUACUUGCAGGAUUGUCAUGUUAGCAGAAAUACUCUUCUAGUCAACUAAACCAAAUUAAUAUUUUUUUUUUUUCCAUUUGGAUGUGCGAGGUCACAAAGCAAAUGUAGAAUUCCUGCCAAAACUAUGAAAGUGUGCUUUUAAGUUUUUUUUUUUUUCUUCUUCUUUUUUUAAAUACAGUAAGCAAUAACAUUGAGUUGAUGAAAUUAAAGAGAGAACAUGAAGAAAA